AUGGGCUCCUCGGGCAUUUCGCAGCCAGCCCGUACCGAGUCUUUGCUCACGCCGUCGGUGUCUGAGACGUCUCAUUCCCCGCAACAGACCUGCCCUGGCUCAGGCAACGGAGAUCAGCCCAUGGAACAUCUCUUGGACUCUGCUGGUCUCCUCACGCAGUCCGCUGGCAGCGUGACUUACGUGGGAAAUGGUCACUGGAUGGCAAUCUUGGAAGGUAUCCGUGGAUUGAAUGACGUCUUGACCGCCGUACCCAUGCCUUCUCAGGAUGCAUCAGAGUCGGGCGAUUGCGAAAGACCUGAGAAAUCAGAUAUCCUCUGUCCCUUGUACAAUAAACUGGACAGGCAAGAUGUACUGGACGCUCUGCCCCCAAAAGCCACUGUGGAUGCUCUCUUGAGGGAUUUCUUCAUCAACACCAGUCAUGAGCCAAUGAUUGUUCAUGGGCCUACAUUUCACCAGGAGUACGCGCAGUUCUGGGCCGAUCCGACCUCCACGCCGAUUGCGUGGGUCGGUCUGUUGUUCGCCCUCAUGUCCCUGGCAGUGAACUACCAGCAGUUUUCGCCCAACCAGUCUCCUGACCACGCAGAAGUGGAAAAGCCGGAUAGCUUGGUCAAGACCUUUCGAGACAAGACCAUUGAGUGCCUCCUAUUGAGCAAAUAUACGAACGGACCUCCGUAUGCCAUCGAGGCUCUACUGAUUCACCUAUUCGGGGACUUUAUUCGGGGGGACAGUACCCAGAAUGUCAACGAGUUCUGGGUUCUUUGGGGCGCCAUUGUCCAAAUAGCGCUGAGGGCGGGUUACCAUCGCGACGGUUCUCACUUCCCUACUCUUACACCUUUCCAAGCGGAGACUCGACGCAGGGUCUGGGCGAUAAUGGUCGAGUGGGACAUGUACAUCUCGGUUUCGUUCGGUCUACCACGGGCAAUUCUGAUGUCGCAAAGCGAUACCGCGCAGCCACGCAAUCUCAAGGACGAAGACCUCCAUGUGGAUAUGGUCGAAAUGCCGCCGGCCAGGCCGGAAUCCGAAUAUACCAGAGUGCGGUACCAUCUGGACAUGAACCGACUGAUGGGACUGUUGUCCAUCAUCGCGGAUGCGACCAGCUCGACUACUUUGCCGCCGAUGUCUGAGAUUUUGAGAUUGGACAAUCUCCUCCUGAAGACCUACCAGUCAAUAUCUUCGACGUGGCCGCCGGUGGAUUCGUCCUACCCACGCGACACGGUGCAUGUCAUAUUUCUCAUCCUCUUAUUCCACCAUGCCCAGAUCGCGCUGCACCGCAAAUAUCUGCCGCAGGGUCGGAAGCAGGCACAGUACCGCCAUUCUCGAAAGACUUGCAUUGAAGCAGGAUUAGCUAUUCUGCACCACCAGUGGACACUGUACCUACAAACACGGGUCGGUGGACCGCUCUGCAGGCAAGGAUGGAAAUUGUUGACGCCAUUGGUGUCGGACUUUCUGCUCGCGACGGCGAUUCUGUGCGCUGAGCUCGCCAUGGCUCUGGAGUCGGCAGGUUCAGGCCACGAUGGCGAUGCCGAGCUUCUCACCGAGAGGGACCUACAAGACCGGGUUUUCCACGCCCUCAGCAGCGCGUAUGUCGUCUGGCUGUACGCGAAUGAUGCAGACGCCUCUCGCGAGGUCAAGACUAUGGUCGCAGUUCUGGACCACCUGCUAGGCAAGGCGCAGGAUGCAGGGUUUGGUGCGUGGAGGCCUUCAUUGUCAGCCAUUCGGCAGAGCGGUGUUGGUGGACAUGAGUCGACCGGCGAACAGCAUACAGUGGCUACCACGACUGGCAUGGCCGUGCUGGACGAACAGCCGAGCAAGGUGCCGUACUUCGGUUUGGCCCAUUUCCCGAUCUGA